AGAUGAUUUAACAAUGUUGGCUGAUUAUUAUGUUCCUCAAAUUUUAUCUCAUAAAAGAAUAUUAAUUUAUUCAUCAAAAUUGAAAGAAGAUUUAAAACAUGAAGAAUUAAUUCCAUUUCGUGACGAAGAUGAAAUAAAAAUUCGUUCUGACAUCUAUUUGAGUUGUUCAUUAUCUUGUUAA